AUAUAUUUGCAGUCAGCCUUGGAGAGACCAUCUCACGAGCAGAACAGGAGUGGGCAGCCUGCAGACUGGAGAAAUACUUCCACCAUGGCCAUGGCAGCUGGUUUUGUGCUCCUCUCCUUUGCGCUUUGCUGCUUCCCAGAUGCUGCCUUCGGGGUUGAGGUGGACUGCAGUAGGUAUCACAACACUACAAAUGUGGAAGGCAGAGAGGGGUUGCCCUGCACCAAGGACUUCAACCCCAUCUGCGGUAGCGAUGGAGUCACCUACGACAACGAGUGCCUGCUCUGUUCCUACAACAGAGAAUAUGGAACAAAUGUCAGCAAAGACCAUGAUGGACAAUGCAGAGAAGUUAUCCCUGUGGACUGCAGUAAAUAUCCCAACGUGACAAAUGAGGAAGGCAGAGUGGCGCUGUUCUGCACCGAAAACCUCCGCCUUGUCUGCGGUGCCGAUGGGGUCACCUAUGACAACGAGUGCCUGCUGUGUGCCCGCAGCCUAGAGCGUGGAACCAGAGCUGGCAAGAAGUAUGAUGGUGAAUGUAGAAGGGAAAUCACUACAGUUGACUGUAGUGACCACCCUCAACAUGCCUGCACACUUAAUUACUUGCCUGUCUGUGGCUCUGACAGCAGAACAUACAGCAAUAGGUGUAACUUCUGCAAUGCAGUCGUGCACAGCAAUGGGACUCUGACUUUAAACUACUUUGGAGAAUGCUGAGAAUUGGUGCUGAGAGAACUCACCACGGGAUCCCCACUGGCAAAUCCCAGCGAAAGAUCUCACCUCGGUUCAUCUCGCCCUCUGGGGAACUCAGUUCUAUCCUGAUUUUCUCUCUCAAUAAACUAAGUCAGCAACAUUUCUUUGUCUUGUUUCAUGCAUUGUCUCGUGAAACAUUUUCUUCUGAUUUGUUGAAUGAUGAUGCCAGGCUGAAUAGGUUGUGUGCACAUAGCUCCGGGAUAUAACAAGAACGUCUUGCUCCCCUCCCUCUCAUAAAAGGCAGAAAAUUAAAUAAAGAUGGAUAAACCUCAGAGCUGUGUGGCUUUGCACACAAAUGAUAGUCAGCCUACAUUAGCAUUCAGACCUUUUUAGACACUUGACAUUGUAAAGGGCAGGAAUACUGCUCUGAAGUGAUGACACUGAUCUCUCCUAAGGUAUUUCUGGUGCACUUUCCCUGUGCAGGCAGCAUCAGCAAAAGCCGUUCGGUUUGUGGUGGUGUCUGCACCGAGGGCUGAGCCCCAGCCCCCUGAGCACAGCCCUUACCUGAAGUGUAGUGUUCUACCAGGUCAGUCUGUUAGCAAAGCCCAUAUUUUUCUUGAAAUGACCCUUUAACAACCUCUAAGUGUUUCAAGAUAAAUGCUUUCCUAGGGAUGGUUCCUACUUCUGCCUACUUGUCUUCUCUCUUAGUCUUUAAUAAUACUCUUUGCCAGCCCAAGUAUUUCAGCAGCAUUUCACAAUCCAAGGUCAAAGUAUCCUUCUGUUUUUGAGAGUGUGACCUGUCAUUGGUGUAUUGUCUAUGAAAUUUAUUGUACUUUUGUCCUGUGUUGGUGUAUUGAAUUGGUGGGGUUUUGAUCCACACAAGAGAAAGAUAAAUAAGUUGGGCAUAUCCAUUCUAAAAACUAAUGUCUCCCAUAUGCGUUUCAUCUGGGAGCCAAAGAGAGGUCAGUGCUUGUUUUCCUUGAUGAAAUGAGGUCAUCCAAAAAAGUGACAUUUUGAUGGUAAAACAAAGGAUUUAUGUUGAGAUAGGCAGAGGGAUGAAGCAGCAAUUUCUAGAUUGGGUUCAACUUUUUUUCUGGGAUCCAGGCUAGGGUCUCAUAUCAUUCUGUCAUCAUCAGACUAUCAGUCCAUUACUGCAAAUCUAACCCACAAUGCUAAUGGAUUUUAGGGAAAAUAGCAGUUGUAAAUUCUCCACGAAUGCCCAUAAAACUUGCUUCAUCUCUCAUCCAGUCCAAGAAAUCCCUUCAGUGUCUGGGACACCCUCCUGCUUGCCUGCCCAGUUUGCUGUUUUCCUGGCUUCACUAUAACUUAAUGAUGCUUUACUGUGAUGAAGCUUGAAAAUAAAAGUAGAGACUUUCCAUUCUGGAAGCUGUUCAUUCAAUGUUUCGCUCAUGAAAAAGCAGUGUGUGUGAAUUGGCACUGAUAGGUACACGCAGAGAAAAUCUGACAGCAGUCGCUGCUUGGGUUUGUUCAGUUGCUCUUUUGCCCGCAGGAUUUUCCUGUGAUCCUUCAGAAGGAACCUGCCACGUAUUUCACUUGAAACAGUGACACAGAGGGUGUAUCUAACACACCUAAACUCCUUGUGACUGCUGUUGAUGGAGAGGCGUUCUUUCUGGUUCACAGCACGACUCACCUCUGUUGAGAUUGCCACACCGACCAUUGACCGGGAAUGUUACUUCACAAACCAAAUACGAAUCUAUACAAACACACGGGCACACACACAAACAGGCGCAUGUACAUAUAAGCAUGGUUACCACCUGAGGGCAGAAUUAAGGCUCCAUUUCCUGAGCAAAACACAGGCUCUGCUGCACACAGACGCUUCAGCCACCAUGAAGACGGCAGAUGUGUUGCUGCUGUUGGCUCUUGCCCUUUGCUGCGUCCCAGAUGUUGAUGCGCAGCAGGAUUACUGCAGGAACUACGUGGUACCCAGCGACGCCUGUACUAUGGAGUACGAGCCACACUGCGGGUCCAAUGGCGUAACAUAUGGCAAUCAAUGCUUAUUCUGCAAUGCAGUCCUGAACAGCCGUGGGACUCUUCGCUUGAGAUACCUUGGAAGGUGUUAACUUCUCAAGAGGUUUCAGCUCAGAAAGAGGAAUCCUCCCUGGCGAUAUUCCCCAUGGCAGAUGCUCCCCUAAAGCCUUGUCCUGAACCUCGAAAGCUCCUGAUGAAUCUUGAAACCUCUGCUUAAUUAAAAACAAACAAACAGCAUUUA